AUGAAAGUGGCUGCAACCUUUUUACUUUUGUUCUUGCACGCAGCAUUAUCGUGCAGAUGUCCAGUCCUUCCAAGCAAGGAUGCUUUUUGUAGAGCUGACUGGGUCUCUCACGUGAAAGUCCUCUAUAAGAUGAUAUUACCAAAUAAUGGCCUUGAUGAUGUGCUGUACAUCAUACAACACAUCCAAACCUACAAGUCUCCGAGCGGAGUUCACAAUAUGUAUUCUUACGUGCUAACGUCAUCCGAGUCCUCCGCAUGUGGCCUUGUUCUUGAUGUAGGAAAGGAGUAUUUACUGUCAGGCAGCUUCUACAACGGUGAAUACCAUACUUCGACAUGCUUCCAGGUCGUUACUGAUGACCCUGCAGACAACUUUUCCGGUAAUCUUAUGGAGUGGAAGGAUGUUACCUCGGCGUUUGAGAAUCGUCUACAUUCUUUCCAGUGCUAG